UCAUUUUGCUCUCAUAAACGCUGUUUUACGUUUGGCUGUCGGCUGCUCUCGGUUCUUCCUCGUGCCUCAUCGGUAUUCCUGGGCAAUCUUCGGCGCGCGCCCCCAGUCCAGCAGCAGCAGCAGCAGCAGCGGCGGCCGCGGCACGCGCAUCUUCGGGGAGAGGAAAGAGCAUCUGCAGAGCUCGAGACGCUUCUGAGGAAGAGCUGGAAUGACGCCAUGAGCUCGCGCCGUGUGUGAUGGAGGAAACGUUUUGGUAGUUGGCGCUGCCGUGGCUGAUGUGGCGUCGCUUGAGGAGCCUCAACACCACCAUGAAGCUGCUGUUUGUGCUCGCGCUCUUAUGGCGCGAGGCGCUGUGCGGAUCUCCGAGCGUCCAGAUCGGUGGUUUAUUCCCCAGGGGUGCAGAUCAGGAAUACAGUGCAUUCAGAGUUGGCAUGUUUCAGUUUGGGAUGGCAGAUUUCAGACUUACUCCACACAUAGAUAACCUGGAGGUGGCCAACAGCUUUGCUGUCACUAACUGCUUUUGUUCCCAGUUCUCUCGAGGUGUCUACGCCAUUUUCGGCUUCUAUGACAAGAAGUCUGUAAACACCAUCACAUCCUUCUGCGAGACACUCCAUGUCUCCUUCAUCACGCCGUCUUUCCCCGCAGAAGGGAUGAAUCAGUUUGUUCUCCAGAUGAGGCCAGACAUCAAGGGGCCGCUGGUUUCAUUAGUGGAGUACUACAAAUGGGAAAAGUUUGCCUAUCUCUACGAUAGUGAUAGAGGUCUUUCUACUCUUCAGGUAAUACUGGACACUGCAGCUGAGAAAAAAUGGGUUGUCACAGCGAUAAAUGUAGGAAACCUGAAAGAUGAGAGGAAGGAUGAAGCGUACCGCUCCCUGUUUCAGGACCUGGAGAUCCGUAAGGAGCGACGCAUCAUCCUGGACUGUGAACAAGACAAAGUCAAAGACAUCAUGGAACAGGUGAUCACUAUAGGCAGACAUGUGAAAGGAUACCACUAUAUCAUCGCUAACUUGGGUUUUGUAGAUGGUGACCUCUCUAAAAUCCAGUAUGGAGGUGCGAACGUGUCUGGGUUUCAGAUAGUAGAUUUUGAUGAUCCUGUGGUGGCAAAGUUUGACCAACAAUGGGAGGCCCUGGAAGAGAAGGAGUAUCCUGGAGCUGAUGCACGUAUCAGAUAUACAUCUGCCCUCACGUAUGAUGCUGUGCACGUGAUGACGGAGGCGUUCCGCUUUCUUCACAAGCAGAGAAUAGACAUGAGUCGUCGUGGCAACAGUGGGGACUGUCUGGCCAAUCCAGCGGUUCCCUGGGCACAGGGGGUGGAGAUUGAACGUGCCCUCAAACAGGUGCGUGUAGAUGGUUUAACAGGGAACAUUCAGUUUGACCAGUAUGGGAAGAGAAUCAACUACUCGGUGACAGUCAUGGAGUUGAAGAACAAUGGACCUGUUAAGAUUGGCUAUUGGAAUGAGGUGGAUAAAAUGGUGGUGACAAAGUCCGACCUUUACCCCAACGACACGAUGGGAAUGGAAAACAAGACAGUCAUCGUCACAACUAUACUGGAAGCCCCCUACGUGAUGAUGAAGAAGAAUUCUGAGCUAUUUCAAGACAAUGACCGUUAUGAAGGUUACUGUGUUGACCUGGCCGCAGAAAUAGCAAAGCACUGUGGUAUACGCUACCAGCUAAGGAUUGUGGGAGAUGGCAAAUACGGAGCAAGAGAUGCAGAAACCAAGAUCUGGAAUGGCAUGGUUGGAGAGCUGGUGUAUGGGAAAGCAGAUAUAGCAGUCGCCCCUCUGACCAUCACUCUUGUCCGUGAAGAGGUGAUAGAUUUCUCCAAACCCUUCAUGUCUUUGGGAAUUUCCAUCAUGAUCAAGAAGCCGCAGAAAUCCAAACCAGGAGUCUUCUCCUUUCUGGACCCACUGGCCUACGAAAUCUGGAUGUGCAUUGUCUUUGCCUAUAUAGGAGUCAGUGUUGUUCUCUUUUUGGUAUCCAGAUUCAGCCCCUAUGAGUGGACUCUAGAGGAACCAGAGGACGGAGCGUUGCCGCUGACAACCGAAUCCACCAAUGAGUUUGGGAUCUUUAACUCCCUUUGGUUCUCUUUGGGGGCUUUCAUGCGGCAGGGUUGUGACAUCUCACCAAGGUCUCUGUCAGGUCGUAUAGUUGGGGGGGUGUGGUGGUUCUUCACUUUGAUCAUCAUCUCAUCAUACACUGCUAACCUGGCUGCCUUCCUGACGGUGGAGAGGAUGGUUUCUCCCAUCGAGAGCGCUGAAGAUCUGGCCAAACAGACAGAGAUAGCGUAUGGAACCCUGGACUCUGGAUCCACCAAGGAGUUCUUCAGGCGCUCUAAAAUCGCCUUGUUUGACAAGAUGUGGCAGUACAUGAAAUCAGCAGAGCCUUCCGUCUUCGUCAAGAAAACGUCAGAGGGCGUCUUGCGUGUCAGGAAGUCCAAAGGGAAGUACGCCUACCUGCUGGAAUCCACGAUGAACGAGUACAUCGAGCAGAGGAAACCUUGCGACACAAUGAAAGUGGGAGGAAACCUGGAUUCCAAAGGCUACGGCAUCGCCACACCCAAAGGAUCUCCAUUAAGAGUGCCAGUAAACCUUGCCGUAUUGAAACUGAAUGAGCAAGGGACCCUAGACAAGAUGAAAAACAAGUGGUGGUACGAUAAAGGAGAGUGUGGCUUCAAGGACUCCACCAAUAAGGAGAAGACCAGCGCCCUGUCUCUCAGUAACGUAGCAGGAGUCUUCUACAUAUUGGUUGGAGGUCUGGGUCUGGCCAUGAUGGUAGCACUGGUAGAGUUCUGCUACAAGAGCCGUGCUGAGGCCAAAAAAAUGAAGAUGAAAUUCACAGAUGCAAUGCGCUCCAAAGCUCGUCUAUCCAUCACAGGAUCGACCGGUGAGAAUGGUCGUGUCCCGGUGGCUUACCUCCGUCCAGGAUUACCCAUGAGCCUCAGCAUGACUGAUCUCUCCUGACCACACCCGAGCCAGUGCCUUACAGCCAAUCAACACACAUCGCCCCUCCCCCUCUGAAAGUGAGUGGAAAUGCUCGUCAUUUCCUUCGGUGACCAAUUACCGCUCACCGUGGGUAAACUGCCCUGAUUUGCAUCCCGGAGUUUAGCCAAUCCUAUCUCUCUGAGGAUCUCUAAGACUGGACAUAUGUUGUCCUCCCUCCACUUGGCUGUCAGGCUUUAGCAAAGACCUGCCUAGUGAAUCACUCGACCAUCAGCGAGAACGAUUGCUGCUCAUUUACAAUUCAUGAAAAACAAUCAAGCACAGUGGACAGUUUUCUAAACAAACACACAUCAUUGUUUUGUAGAUUUUUGCCAUGGAGGCUAUAGAAAGUAAGGGCAACAGUGAUGCUGACGUUAACGCAAUAACAACAUUAAUCAGGGAUGGGAUCAGGAAUUGUGGGUAUAAAAGCAUAAUCUUGGUUUAAAUGAGUUUGAGUGCUAUGAACAAAACCUGACAUCCUGAAAAAUUGCAUCCAUGAAAUAAUAGUAAUUGUAAUAGCAAAUAAUGAUGUUAUUGUUCUUAAUUUUUUCCUUAUUGCUAGCUGAGAAUCCCUAAUAAGUAGAGACUUACCUAACCCAAGAGAUGCAUGGACUGACACACACACACACACACACACACACACACACACACACACACACACACACACACACACACACACACACUAUACACAGGGAUGGGCAAAAACGAGUCAAAGUGUAUGUUGAUACAAAAUAAUCCCAAUUUAUUUAAAAGCCCCCUUGUGUAGGAUUUGAGCAUUUCUGACUUUGACACACAGUGGUCACAUCAAAAAACAUCACUAUAUGCAACCUGUGGACGCUGACAAUAACAACACAUCGACUGCACUAGUUUGACUCUUUUUUUCUACAAAAACACGUAAGCCAUCACAAACACAUAAUUCUUUUACCUUUUUAUGAUAAAUCACUUGUUCUGUAUAUGGACUGAAUUAUCAAACAAAUGCUCAAAAACAUUAACUUUACGAGUAUUCAGAUACAAAUGUACUACUUUAUUUGAUAAGUUAGCAUUUGGUUAAUGGUGUUACUGCUGUGCUUACGAUAUUAACAGCAUCCUAUUAAUAUGUUUUGUGGUGUUUAAACUUAAGUAUUACUGUAAAUGACUUUGACUCACUAGUCUACAUGUGGCUGUCGUUUAUGCUUAACACUCUUCUACCAUAUGAUAGUCACAUGGCAGAAGGAUAUUAUAGCACUUAUAGGUCGCGUGAAGUCAGUUUUUAUUAUCCAGUGUUAACAGCAUUACAUUGAAAGCUCUAGUGCGUAACUUUUUGAUAUUAAUGAACAUCCGUUACAUUCAAGCCAUUGCCAAAUGAGUUGCUACAAAGCUAAUUAAGACUAUCAGCUCCACACAACUCUCUAUGU